AUGCCGGACCAUAAGAUCGAAAAAAGGCUGACUGAUUUGGAGAUCGUGAAGAAAGGCCUAUACCCGUGCGGCUUGAAUCUCUGGACAGAGUGUACAACGAACGAAGCGCAAGGUGAAGUCGAACGGUUGGAUGACGAAGAAAAGCUGAACGAUCACCUGACGGAACGAGCCAAUUUCGAUGCACGUUACUGUUCGGUGAAAGGCUUCUUGCUGUCCAAUAUCCACGACUUCCCAUCGUUGAAAAGGGAAUCCACCAACGAGUUAUACGAGCUCGGGGACGAGUUCCAGCGGCACGUGAAGGCCUUGGCCAAGUUGAAUGAGCCUGUCGAGUAUUGGGACACCCCCCUCGUAAACAUCCUGUCCUACAAGCUCGAUCCAGCUACUCUUCGUGCGUGGGAAGAAAAGACCAGCCAGCAAGACGACGUCAAGUACAACGACCUUCUUGAAUUCCUGUACCAGCGUGUACGAAUCCUGAAAUCCGUAGCAUCCGAUCUGCUGCAACGCUCCCAGCCGGUUCAAGCAAAGGUGGUCGGCAACUUUCCUCCUCCAAAGAAGUACAUUCAACCCAAGGUCGCUGCCAACGCCGCUGCAUCUGAUAGCAGGCCAAACUUGCCUUCUUGUUUCGCUUGUUCCGAACGACACUUCCUCUUUCAGUGUCAAGACUUCGACAAAUUGCGCGUCAGCCAGCGGAGAGAGCUGGUAUCCCAACGAAAGCUAUGUUGGAAUUGCUUCCGAACUGGUCAUCAAGCCAGAAACUGCUCCUCGAAGUUCUCCUGCCGAACCUGUCGAGAACGGUACCAUACGUUGCUGCAUGAUUCAUCCCAGUCUGAUCUUGCGAAUCUGCUCUCCAGCUCCCAAUCCAAGGUUGAUGAGUCCGUAGCUGGAAUCGGACAAUCCCACCGGAAGAUCAAGCGUGCAUUAGCCACCACAAUCCAGUCAAGAGUCGGAUCGUUUUCUACGAAACUCAAAUUCCUCGUGAUCGAGCAUCCCACUGCUGAUCUACCCACCAUGUACGUGCAGAUUACUUCAUGGAACCUUCCGAACGUGCAGUUAGCUGAUCCUGAGUUCCACAUUCCCAACAAGAUCGACUUAGUCAUCGGUGGUGAAGCGUAUUGGGAGAUUGAGACGAUUCCAAACCAAUCCGUUCAUUCCGCUACCGAGAAGGCCUGUGAAGAACUCUACAUGACAACCACAACCCGAGAUCCUACCGGGCGAUACGUAGUUCGCCUACCAAAAACGGACAAUCCGGAAGUCGUUCUGGGAAAUUCGGAAUCCAUUGCCAAACGCCGAUUCCUCAUCUUGGGACUCCGACUCGAGCGUGAUCCUAGCACCAAAUCCUCCUACCACCAGUUCAUGGAGGAAUACGAGCGUCUCGGACACAUGGUACGGCUCGACGAACCUGUGGACAACACGAUGCCACACUGCUACCUUCCGCAUCAUCCCGUGUUCAAGCUCUCGAGUACCACCACGAAGACGAGAGUAGUGUUUAAUGCAUCGUGUAAGACAGCAUCGGGCUAUUCGUUGAACGAUCUACUUCUUGUCGGACCAGUCGUUCAAGAUGAUUUACUGUCGCUCGUCAUGCGGUUUUGCUUCUACCCUAUUGCCCUCAACGGUGACGUCGAGAAGAUGUACCGUCAGAUGCUUCUCCACAAGGCAGACCGACCGUACCACAGGAUCAAAUGGCGCAAGGAUGCAUCCGAAUCGAUAGCUACCUACGAGUUGCAGACCGUGACCUACGGCACUGCUGCUGCCCCGUAUCUUGCCACUAAAACUCUCCAAAAAUUGGCGAGUGAUGCAGGUCACUCAUUCCCUGCCGCUGCGGAACCAGUGGCCAAGAACUUUUACGUCGAUGACUUUCUGUCAGGUGCCGAUAAUGUCGAGUCAGCCAUGCAAAUUCGACGUGAAGUAUCAGCGAUACUCGGUUCUGCUGGAAUCCCAAUGAAUAAGUGGGCUUCGAACUCCAUCGAAGUCCUUGAAGAUAUUCCACCAGAAGAUCGAUCUAUCCAGCCAUGGCACGACCUACAAGAUCCACAAUCCGUCAGCACACUCGGUCUAAUAUGGGAACCCGGGACUGACAUCUUUCGGUUCAAGGUACAGUUACCUCUUCCGGCUGCUGUUCUCACCAAGCGUAGGAUCAUGUCCUACGUGGCUCAAAUCUUCGAUCCGUUGGGACUUGUGGAUCCCGCUGUUACGAAAGCGAAGCUCUUCAUGCAGUGUCUCUGA